UGGUCAGGUUUAUUUCAUGUAGCAGAGUAUUUUCAAGGCUCUUGAAUGUUGUGGCAACUGUCAGCACUUCAUCAUUAUUACUUUUGUUGUUGUUGCUCAGCUGUGCUCCAUUGUAUAGAUCUAGGACCUUUUUGUUUAUCAAUUUACCAGUAUUUCUGCUUUGGUUUUAUGAGUAAGUUGUCCACACAAGUGUGGACAUACUUUGUUACUUCUCACAGAUGCACAGCAGGAGCUACACACCACUGAACUACACGGAUGCCCAUCUCACACUUAACAUUUUGAGGAACUGCCGAACUGUUUUUUAAAGUGGCUGCAUUUUAGGUUUCCACGUGCAGCGCAUACAGGCAUUUGUCUCGCCAGAAGGUAUUGUUUUGUUUGUUUGUUUUUCCUUCAGCCACCUCAGUAUGAAGUGAUAGGUCAUGGUGACUCUGAUUUGUCCUCACCCAGUAACCAGUGAGGCUGAGUGUCUUCUCAGGGCUUCAUCGGUCAUCUGUGAGUCUUCUCUGCUGCGGUGUCUGCUGAAACCCUUGGUUCAUUUAAGAAUUUGUCAGAAUCAGGCAUGAGCUUCCACUCUGUGGACCAUGCGGCCCCCACCUGGGUCCUGGUCCUGCUGCUGGCACUGGGGCUGUGCACCCUCCAGGCCAGGGCUUACAGAUUUCUGGACCCUGGCUUUCGGGAAAACUAUUUUGAGCAAUACAUGGACCAUUUCAACUUCGAGAGUUUCGGCAACAAAACCUUCAACCAGCGGUUUCUGGUGUCAGAUAGGUUCUGGAAGAUGGGCCAAGGUCCCAUCUUCUUCUACACAGGGAAUGAGGGGGACAUCUGGUCCUUCGCUAACACCUCUGGCUUCGUGGUUGAACUGGCAGCCCAGCAGAAGGCCCUGCUUGUCUUUGCUGAGCACCGGUACUACGGGAAAUCGCUUCCAUUCGGUGUGCAGUCCACACGGCAGGGAUUUACACAACUGCUCACUGUGGAGCAGGCGCUGGCGGACUUUGCUGUGCUGCUCCAGGCCCUGCGGCAGGAUCUCGGGGCCCCGGAUGCUCCCACCAUAACCUUUGGAGGAAGUUAUGGGGGGAUGCUGAGCGCCUACAUGAGGAUGAAGUAUCCCCACCUGGUGGCUGGGGCCCUGGCAGCCAGCGCUCCUGUCCUAGCUGUUGCGGGUCUUGGCAACUCCUACCAGUUCUUCCAAGACGUCACAGCCGACUUCUACCGCCAGAGUCCCAAGUGCGCCCAGGCUGUGCGGGACGCCUUCCGCCAAAUCAAAGACCUGUUCCUCCAGGGAGCCUACGACACCAUCAGCCAGAAUUUUGGUACCUGCCAGCCACCUUCCAGCCCAAAGGACCUGACUCAGCUCUAUGAGUUUGCCCGGAAUGCAUUUACUGUGCUCGCCAUGAUGGACUACCCAUACCCUACCGACUCCGCAGGUCACCUUCCUGCCAACCCUGUAAGGGCAGGCUGCGAACUGCUGCUGAGUGCGGGCCAGAGGAUCAAGGGUCUGCGAGCUCUGGCGGGGCUCGUCUACAACUCCUCCCGCACGGAGCUAUGUUACGACAUCUACCGCCUGUACAAAAGCUGCGCUGACCCCACUGGCUGCGGCAUUGGCUCUAAUGCCAAGGCCUGGGACUACCAGGCCUGUACGGAGAUCAGUCUGACUUUUGACAGCAACAAUGUGACUGACAUGUUCCCUGAACUCCUGUUCUCUGAUGACCUCCGCCAGCAAUACUGCCUGGCUACAUGGGGUGUGUGGCCCCGGUCAGGCUGGCUGCGGACCAGCUUCUGGGGUGGCGACCUUAAAACUGCCAGCAACAUCAUUUUCUCCAACGGUGACCUAGACCCCUGGGCAAGGGGUGGGAUCCGGAGCAACGUGAGUGCGUCAGUCAUUGCUGUCCGGAUCCAUGGCGGAGCACAUCUCCUAGACCUCAGAGCAUCUAACCCAGGAGAUCCCCCAUCUGUUGUGGAGGCGACCUCCGAGGUCAAGAAUGUGGCUAGUCCCUCAUAAAAGACUAACCUGAGAUUCCAGUCCCUCCCUCCCUGUCUCCCAGCCCUCCCCCAGAUGCAUGUAUGGAGGGUGAAGAUUAACCGAAGGGGUGUUCUGCCAUGCUGAGUGGGGCUCUAUGGUGAUGGCAGCUGUUCUGGGUCAUGCCUGUGCCUCUCAGUAAGCCCUAUGAAUUCAUCGGUUCAUCAAGCUAGACUUGGGUGGAGCUGUUUCUUCUGUCGUAGGUGCUCUCUCAUAGAUAAACAGACAUUUGUUCUCAUCUCCCCAGGAAGAGCCCAGAAAGAGUCCAACUUAUUUCUUCUUUUCCUGUCUAUGUAUUUGGCGUUAUAGUAAAGAAACCUAUGCUUAA